AUGGCACACACCACCACCACUUCUGUCCAUCACCACCGGAGCACGACAAAGGUCGACCAUAAACCCUUCAAGUCGCGGUUCGCCUCCAAGAGCGCCUUGAAGGACCAGGCAAAAGGCAAGGUCGAAAGUCAACGGUCCGAGAGAGGCCAGAGAAAGACUCCGCACCAGCAAGUCAUGUCGAAAUUGGCCAGACGCAACCAAGCCAAGCAACUGCGCAUGCACCACAAGGACAAGAAGGAGGGGGAAGAACUCAUAUUCCAAGGUGUCGAUGGGGCGGCAAAACAUAUUGCAGUGGUGCCGCUGUCGAGCGACGUCGACCCAUACUCGGCAAUCAAAACACUGAAUGAAAGCGUUGAUGUUUCGGACUCAAAUGUUUCCUCUGGAACCGUGCCUGUCCGAGUGGACCGGUUCCGGCGAAAUCUUCUCUAUCUACCUGCUAAAUUCGACCUUUUCAACGCUCUGGACAUUUGCAAGCUUGCAGACUGGGUGAUUUUCGUCCUCGACGCGGAGCAGAAAUACGGCGAAGAGGAGGAUCUGUUUCUGAGAUCGCUCGAAGGCCAGGGCAUCACGAAUGUGACAGCCGUCGUGCACAAUCUGGAUCCGAAAGUUCCAGCUCCCAAGAGGAUGCGACAUCUGACAGAGAUGAACAUCGCUCUGGGCCGGUACUUUCCCGCCCUGGACAAAUUGUCCAGCCUGGACAGCAAAUCAGACUGCUCGAACCUGGUGCGGCGGAUCUGCACAGCUUCGACACGAGGAAUUCGCUGGCGGGACGACAGGAGUUGGAUGUUGGUUGAGCAGGCCAAUUGGGGUCCCCAAGUAGACGAAACAGCCGCGACCACCAACGUGACGCUGUUGGGGACGAUCCGCGGGAAAGCCCUGAACCCGGAUCGCCUGGUCCAUGUCCCCGGCUGGGGAGAUUUCCAGAUUUCCUCGAUCCGACAGGUGCCUCGCUCGGGACAAAAGAGGAAGGCCGAGGAGAUGGACGCAGAUGAGCCCAUCAAGGAGUGGAAACCCACCGCGGACCAAGACGACCUGGCAGAGCUUGCACCCGAAGAGGCCGAGAUGCAGGAUGCGGCGAGCACCGUGGCAACCACGGAGCAUAAAGGAGUCCUCCUUGACGACCAUCACUACUUUUCCGACGACAACUCUCACAUCCCUCCCCGACCCAAGAAGCUCCCCCCAGGGACCUCCAACUACCAGGCAGCCUGGUUUCUGGACGACGUGUCAGACUCGGAAUCGGACAUGAUGAGCGAGGACGGAGACCGCGACGGCGACGUAGCGAUGGACGCUGAGCAAGACUCUCUGAACAUCGAAGACGGCGGCAGUGUGACCGGAGGCAAAGCACCCUCGGAAUAUCCGCAAUCAGAAAUGAACCUCGACAACGAUGACGAUGAGCAAGACAACGACGCCCCGCUCGAAGCGGAGGAAGAAGCACGCCAACUCGCCGAGUUCCGCGCCAGCCGCAGGAAGAAGGAAGCCGAAGAGGACCUGGAGUUCCCGGACGAGAUCGAGCUGCACCCGGACGUGCUGGCGCGCGAGCGACUGGCGAAAUACCGCGGACUGAAGAGCCUGCGGACCAGCGAGUGGAACCACGCCGAGGACGCACCCUACGAACCCGCCGAGUACAAGCGGCUGCUCCAGGUGCCCGAGUACAGGAAGGCGUACAGCAGCGUGAUGAAGGAGUCUCUCGCGGGCGCCGUGCUCGCCGGCACCAGAGUCGAGAUCGAGCUGCGCGACGUGCCGGUGUCGCUGCAGUCGAGCGCGCCCCACCCGUCGUCCAUGUUCUCGCUCCUUCGGCACGAGCACAAACACGCCGUGAUCAACCUGAACGUGACGCUGCGGUCGGACCUCGAGGAGCCCAUCAAGUCCAAGGACGAGCUGGUCGUCCAGAUCGGCCACCGCCGACUGCUCAUCAACCCGGUCUUCUCGGCCGCGGGCCAGACGCCCAACGACGUGCACAAGUUCGACCGGUUCCUGCACCCGGGCCGCACGGCGAUAGCGACCUUUACGGGACCGCUGACAUGGGGGUCGGUGCCCGUGCUAGUAUUCCAACGACGAGCACCUCGCCAGCCAUCGGACAGCGGCGACACGACAGCAGCACCCGUGCUAAUCGAUUCCAACACGACAACCUUAGCCCCUACCUUAGCGCCGACAUCACCACCUUCCUCGCUCCGCCUAAUCGGCACAGCGACGACGCUCCCGCCAUCAUCCUCGCGCGUCGUGGCCAAACGACUCAUCCUGACCGGCCACCCGUACAAGAUCCACAAGAAGGUCGUGACGGUGCGGUACAUGUUCUUCGACCGGGGCGACGUGCAGUGGUUCGCGGCGCUGCCGCUCUUCACGCGCCGGGGACGCCAGGGCUUCAUCAAGGAGCCGCUCGGCACGCACGGCUACUUCAAGGCCACCUUUGACGGGCGUGUCGGCCCGCUCGACGCCGUCGCCGUCGCCCUGUACAAGCGCGUGUGGCCGCGCGGGGCGAGGGUUUGGGAGUGA